GCAAAUGAAAGAAUUUGUGAGCAAAGAAGUUGCAGAAUUCUUGAAAUUCGCCCAGAACGCUGCUCGAAGCUGUGCUAAAGAUUACAGUGACAUCUCUGACGACGCCUUGCUCUACACCAAGGAUUUCCUGAGCACUCGUAGGAGCUGCGUGAAGAAUUAUCCUGAACAGUAUUCUCUGCACGAAGUUACCAGCCUCAUGGGCGGACGAUUUAGUAGAGAGCUGACCCUGAAGUUUGAAAAAAGUCUCCUUGCCUUGGGGAUGGUGCACCUGGUUAAGCGAUUCUUCCCCAAGCUGCCAGCGUCAAUUAAUUUGCCUGCAGAUAAAGCCAAGCAUGAACAACUCUGUGGGACUCCGGAGCAUCGUGCUGCCCAGCUUCACAAUGACAUUAGCACCGACCCCAAUGCCGAACAACUGGCUGCCAAAUACUGUCCUCAGGUGGUUUUGACUGGUGAAUCUCUGUAUACCCUGUUGAACAAUCACGGUCUGGAUUAUAAGCAGCAAUGGGAACUUCCUGUGUCAGUGAAAACAGUUUCUCUUGCUGGCCUGAAACCUGUCAAAGUGGCCUACAUCAACCCACCUCUCCCAAAGAAGGAGAUGACGGUGAGGGAAAAAAACCAACUUUUUCAUGAAUUCCUGGCUGAUUUUCACAUGACGAAACAGUCCAGUAUUGUAGCCCGGGCUGUGAUCCUAGACAAGCCGUCAGAAGUGCAGCCGGGAUCAGAGUUCAAAAGCUACCAAGGCAGGUCCUUGCAGGAAUCGGUUUCUGCGGAUUUGGACUUUGGUACGGACGUCACUGAACUGGAGAGCUUUGCCUCGGCCACAAAGCCUCUCAGGGCUUCUCCGGCUGAGGACUCUCCUGCAGCGCCGUCCGGAUCGUCUGCGGGCUUCUCGGAGCACCCGGACAGGGGGAAAGGGCGAGAAGGGAGGAAGAGGAAAGCAAAGGAACCGGAACCGGAUCUUAGCAGUGGGAAGACACUCCUGGAUUUAGACAGGGAGGGAAACUCAUUGGGCGAAGCUUUCGAGCCCACAGAAUCGGACCCAGAUGGCAGAAGUUUCGCUUUGGCCAGAGAAGAAAGUCUGGACUGCAAUGUCUCGAUCGCUACCUCAGAUAAAAACGGCAAUACGAAUGAAGAGGCUGCCGAAGACACGGACGGAGAAGAUCUGGUCAUUGACGCCGAAUGUGAACCCGGCCUCGUGUCUGGUGUGGUCACUUCCCACCCCAGCCCUGGGGGGUCUGCUCCUCCCGCCCCCAGGCCCGCACAGGUCCUCUCAGAAGAACCCGCCCAGGAGCCCUCAGGGGCGCCGGAGAGGAAUGCUCCCAGCGAGUCUCGCCCACGACUGUCCCAGGAAACCGACCCCCUGGGGCAGAUUUUGAAAAUGCAGACGAAGCUCCUGAAGCCCCCUUCUCCGAAUGGUCGGGGUCACCCGCCGGUAACCGGCGAGAGGAGUUUGAAUCCGACUCCAGACCAGGCAGACGCCCCUUCGCUCCCUUUGGCCUCUUCAGUUGUGGAGCCAGGACCAAAUACCGUCACAAAUCCAGGCCCCUCCUCCAAGUUCACCUGGGCAACCUGCUACCAGGGGCCUCAGAAAGGGAUGCUGUGGGACGCGGUCGAAGAGGCGGCCGACUACGAGCCCCCUCAGCAGGGCAACCUGGUCUACAAAUUGUACAGCUUGGACGGCAUGCUGCUCUUGGUGCGGACCUCUAUCCAGAAAGUGGAGCUGAGACCCCAUCAGAAAAAGGCGAAAUUCAGGAGGCACUUUCCUGUUUACGUGUUGCCCAAGUUAGAAUACCAGGCCUUCUACGGCGUAGAAGCCUUGACUGAAGACGAAGUCUGUCGGCUGUGGAUGGAAAGCUUGUUACAUUCCAAUACCUCGUUCACCGUGGGUCACAUCGACGCUCUGACUUCGCGACUCCUCCUGCUUGAGCGCCUGACGGGGAAGGCCUUGAAAAGGCGAUUCGGCACAUUUAAGUAAGUCAGAUGGGCGGCAGAGA